UCUUUUGUCCCAAGGCGCGCAACGUACUCGGAGACGUUCGAGUUCAGCUUUGUCUUCGUUUUCGUUUCGAACCGGUCGGCGGCGUCAGGUGCGCGGAGCGACUCGGGACUCAAGCGAGAGCUCUAGACUUCUGCAGCCGACCAACUACGUGGGUUCGAGCCUUAGGCUGAACGCUGCCAAGUUUGGGAAGCGUCGCGAUGGCGUCCCGGAGGGCUCUGAAAGUGGUGUGCGGGAUCGCGGGCGCGUCCGCCGUUCUCGUGGCGGCGGAGCGCUUCGGUUCCUUCGGGGACAGCGACGCCGGUAGUGGCAGCGCGAGCGCUCCCAGCUGGUGGCCCGUGUUCGGGGUCCUCCGAGCGGCGCAGCCUGCGGCCCCGACGGCCGCCCGUCAGCAUGGGCAGCACACGACGGUGGCGCUAAGCGGGAACGGCUGGGACAGCAACUGGGACAAGCGGGAUCCCAUCACACUGAUGAACUCCAAGAAGAAGAGAGACAAAGAUACGCCCCUCUCUGAUGACCCGAGUGCAGAGCUGGAGAAAAAGAAGCCCAAGGCCACCCGCCACAUCAUCCUGAUUCGGCACUCCCAGUACAACCUCAAAGGGGAGAGCGACAAAGAGCGCUUUCUCACUUCCUUAGGUCGUGAGCAAGCUGAACUGACCGGUCAGCGGCUGGCCACCCUGGGUCUGAAGUAUGACUUCAUAGUUCAUUCUACCAUGACCCGCGCCACAGAAACUGCAAACAUCAUCAGCAAACAUUUCCCAGAUGUGGAGAAGGUGAGCUGUGAUCUGUUGAGGGAAGGUUCUCCCAUUGAACCCGUGCCACAGGUUGGUCACUCGAAGCCCGAGUUCGUGUAUCACGAGGAAGGGGCUCGGAUCGAGGCGGCCUUCCGUCGAUACAUCCACCGAGCCGACGUCGAACAGAAGGAGGACAGCUACGAUAUAAUCGUGUGCCAUGCCAACGUUAUCCGCUAUUUCGUGUGCAGGGCUCUUCAGUUCCCGCCCGAGGGUUGGCUGCGGAUGAGCCUGAACCACGGCAGCAUCACGUGGCUCUACGUGCGGCCCAGCGGCCGCGUCGGCCUCAGGAUGCUGGGGGACGCAGGAUUCAUGCCCCCGGAAAAGCUGACGCGCUCCUGACCCUCAUCUCCAGGAGGCGCCGAAUCAGUUUGGUUUCACACGCAGUGUCUUAGCAGAAAUAUUUCGACAGACUGCACCACAGGAUUUAAAGGGGAACCUACUCCUCGAACCUCACGAAAGCUGGUGUACUGUACCUCAGCGUGAAGCUUUCUUUACGUAAACGCUGAAUGUUUACAACAGUACAAGUGUUUUGUUUUAUACGUCGCAUUUUAAAAGAGCCAUCGCGGUAGUUUUUAAAACAAGAAAAACCUUAGUAAAGAAAGUGCCUUAUUGCAACAUUCCUGCUAUGAAAAAAGUCCAAACGGAGCAGAUGAGCUCUUUCAUUGAUUUAAGUUUUGUCAAUAACAUAACGAGAGUAAAGUCCUGGUUGUCGAACGCGGUAAAUCAACAGUACUCCUGGCCGGUCUUUGAUAUCUCGGACAUUGCCGCUCUCGUGUAAUUUGACCGGUCUGCUUCACAUGAGUGUAAUUUGUUUGAUAUUUAAAGUGCCAUGGGUUUGUUUGUAAAAAAGUAAUACAAUAAAAAUAGUGGUUUAAAAUGUUUAAAAAAUGUGCAUGAUAUGUGAUGAAAUAGCUUAAGGCGAAGAGACCUGGGCUGGAACAGCACAGCUUUAGUGACAAGAUACAUUUGUGUGGUGCAAAAGUACAGCACACGCAGUGGUCAGUUCCAUUGGAAAUUCAGGGUGUGAAUGACGAAUUUAUUAUUAUUCAUUAAUAGCAAUAAUACAAAAUCAUGAUUUAUAAAGUUGUACAGCAUUAGCUUACAUUGAGGGCCAUGAUAUACAAUACUGCUCCAUCUGUAUGAAUAUUUAUUAAAUUCAUUAUUCUAAACUAUAUAAACCAUUGCUGCAGUGUUUAUUUCCAAACGGAGGAGUCAUUUUAAUAUUACGGCCUGAACUUGUAUAUUUGCUAACAUGUCAUUUUUAAGAAUCGGAGACCUGCUUCUGUAUUUAUUGCUGCAUUUCCUCCCACAUGCUAUGCUGUUUUUUUUUUUUUUUUUUUGUUUUAGACAUGACAAUACAUAAUAAACUAUGCUUAAAAAAAAUGACUUUUUUAAAAUUACUUUAAAUCUGGCAGGUGACAAAGUAUAAAUGGCAAACAAAGUACACAGAUAAUAGUUUUAAUGUCAGCAAAAAUGUAGUGUAAGUGCAUAAUGAACAAACAGCAGCAUGCGUGAGAAACUAAACUGUUCAAAGUACAAAACUUCUAAGGUUCAAUUCCUUAACUAUCAAGCGACCUCUUGCCCAGCAGCAAAUUCAAACUGUGGAAAGUACUGUUACGCAGGGUCCUGUACAGUGACCAUGAGAGCAGCUCAUGAAAAUAUACAACUUUGCAUACGACAGGCUUGUUCUCAAGCACAACAGCACUUAGGGGUAUUUUACUCUGCCUGUACAAUGGCUUGUAUCCCAUGUUUCAGACACGUUUAUUGUCCCAAACCCAGAGGGUUUUUGUCCCUCAAUGGUAUCAAUAUGGCUAUUUUCUGGCUAAAUGCCCAACAUACCGUGGAAACUGACUGCUCCUGUACCGGUGGUCCCUGACUUACGAUGGGGUUACGGUCCGCGAAACCCAUCGUAAGUCGAAAGUGC